AGGGAAUUCCCCUAGAUUUGCAACUCGAGCCUUUUAUAUUUGUCAUUAGAACGUUGGGAAAUCCGCUGUGUUUGAAAUACAGGCACUAAUAUUAAUUGGUACACACGGGCUUACCCCUACGGUUAUAUCGCUUCCAACUCGCAUUAUUGGUAGCCUUGGAGAAAGCUGGGGAGGAAUGUAAUCAACAGGAUAAAAGCCAGUGUUAGUCAUGGCUGCAAGAAAGAGUAUCUUUGUGGCCAACCUUCCAGUCCUGGAGGGGAUGUCCCUAUCUGACAAGCUCCAUAUUUACUUUGGGAAGCGGGCCAAUGGCGGUGGUGACAUAGACAGCGUCCAGCUGGAGAACCAAAAUGGCCAUCCCCUAGUUUCUGCCAUCAUCACGUUUGCAGAGGAAGAAACUGUCAGUUCUGUGCUGAUGACGCAGCAUGUAUUCUAUGGAAAGAAAUUGAUAGUAGACCCAUAUCAUCCGAUAAGUGAACAUGUGCAAAGCCAAGAUGGUGAAAGUAAUUGCGUACACGUGCCUGAGAAUCUCAGCAUGUUAAGGGGAUUGGACCCUUGGAAGAAAGUGAAACUCAUCAUAAGCGCUCAUAGUUGGGAUGAUUGCCUGGAGUCUAUUGCUGCCUCAACGAUGACAAAGUUGGAGAUGGAUGAGAGGACGGCUUUGUUCACGUUCACUGGCCGAGCCUGUGAUGUCAUGAGGGCUGCUGCCAAGCUGGCAAGGUCCACAAAGGGCAGCAGAAUGGAAGCCUUUCUAUCAAAAGAAGAAGAUAUGAGCAGGGAUGAUCAGGAGCCCCAAUUCAAAACAGGAAAUUUGCAACUCGUUGAUCAGGAGCUUCAGAAACAAACAGGUGCCAGAAACCAAACUGGGAGCAUCAUUAAUGAACAACUUACCCACGCCAAAAUAACUCGGGUUACUCAGACAAAGGAAAAGUCGUCCAUUCAUUUGCCUCAUCAGAGACCAACAAACCAUCUACUCUCCAACAAGAUUGCAAAGCAACAAAGACAUACCAUCAGGUUUGAGCAGAAGGUUCUGGAUUACUUAAACCUUCGCGUUGCCAAUCACCAAAAGAUUGAAGAAAUCAGAAAAGAAUUCAAGGUAGACUUUGAGGCCAGGCCAGGCGGGACAGUGGAAGUGAACAGCAAAGGUCCAGAAACCGACCACCAGAACAUUGAGGGGGCCAUCCAGGCUCUUGAAGACUUAGUGAACCGGACCAAGGAGCUGGAUCUUAUCACAGAAAUUGUUGAUGUGAUAAGGCUGUUCCCAGAAGCUUCAGCAGAAACCAUAGAUGCAGCGGUGCAGCAGACCAUGAAGUCCACACAGGUUCUUGUGACUCAAAGAAUGUGGAACAGAUUGGAAUUCUAUGGAACAGAUCAUGAAGUUCAUCAGGAGAUAGCAAAGCUGCGGCGGAGUGUUCUUGGUGAAGAGUCACGAGAUGAAGUCGAUGCAAUCCACAGCGUGGACACUAAGACAGCUGAUGAACGAAACUUUCAUGGGCAUAACCCAGAAUCAACAAGCCAGCACGUAGAAGAAAUCCCUAUGGAAACAAGUUUGAUUGGAACAGACCUCAAUGGCAUCACAUUUCCAGAUCAUGCAAUGGCAAAUUUGAGAGCCUGUGCUAAUGUUGGUGCUGCUGAAGAGGAUGAUGAUCAUGACAGUGAUGAUGAUGAUAGUGAUGAUGAGGAGGAUUGUGAUGAUGAUGAUAUGCUUAAUGUCCCACUGUGCCAGGCUUUAGAUAAUGCAUUUUAUGAAGUUGAAACCAAUGCUGCACUUUGUUGUCAGAAGCAUGAAGGGGAUUCUAGCACCAGCACAAAGGAUGAUGAAAUAGACUUUGCCCAGCCACAAUAUUAUGGGAAAUUUGGGGAUUCACCCAUGGAGGAGAAUGCUCUCGGCUUAAAUGAUAAAGAUUCUCAGGAGGAAUCCAGGGUCCCAGAUGCAGCUUCGCCCAUGUCAGCUUCACAGAUUUCCUUUGUGUAUACCCCCCCAGACACCGACCCUUUCAGGGUUAAGACCGUAGUGCGUGGAGGCCCAAACAGUGUCCAACGAAAAGUUCAACCGGAAUCAGUAGACAAACUAGCACCUAGCACCUUGUUUAAUGGAGCUGGAUGUGCAAAGAGUCUUGGACGUCCAAGUGGUCAGGAGGCAGUUUUGAGUAGAGCUUCUUGGGCUGAUACAUGGGAAGAUGCAAAGGAUGUGGCUGAGUCCUUUUCCUCAGGUGCUGUACCAUUCACGAGCAGAGUAGUAGGAAAUUGUGGAUCGACACUUACAGAUGGAGAUUUCACCAUUACUCUGAAAACGGGGAUGAAUCUCAUCAUUCGACGGGGUAACCUCAUCAACGAGUUCACCAAUGUAAUUGUUGUUCCGGCAGAUCCUCAUCUGCGUCUCCAGCACGGAGCGGGUUAUGCAGUGAAGGAGGCAGGGGGCCCCGAGCUGGUUACUGCAUGCCGCCGCUGGGUCCAGCGACACGGCGCAGUGAAACCAGGGAAGAGUGUGUGGACCACGGGAGGGAACCUGAAGUGCAGUCAUGUGCUGCACGUGGUCCCGCCACAGUGGGAACCCCAAGCUGACUCUUCGAAGCUGGAAGUGCUCAGAGAAACCAUUUUGGAUAUUCUUAAGACAUGCACCCACAAGUUGGAAGCUUCCAUGGUGUCCAUGCCAGUGUUAGGAGCAGGGAUGGGGGCAUCAAGGAAGGUGUGCGCACUCGCAUUCUUUGACGCAGUGUUGGACAUCACCAAACUGUACCAGCAAGGAUGGAUGGGGCUAGAGACGCUGGUGCUGGUGGACCAGAAUUGGGCUGCCAUUGCAGAGCACCAGCAGGUCUUCAGCGAUGCAAUCAUAAGUGGCUACAUGCAGGACUUCAUCAAAUGGGACGAGGAUGACAUGGGUGACACACGGCAGGUGUCACAUGCAGGAGAGUGUGCUGACAACAUUUACAAUGAGAUGACAAGUGUAGAACCCUGGAAAAGCAGCCCAUCAACAGGCGCAGUGCCCCGCCGGCAACCCAGAGGCCUGGGCGGCUACACCAGAAGACCCCCUUGGAAACGGCCAGCAUGUGGUGCUCAUCUCCGCAAGAAAUGUACAGAUGCGUGGGUGGCAGAGGCUGACAGUCUCCCACCUGAACGGGACAACCAGUGUUCCAUCUGUCUGGGCAAUAUAAGAAGGGAGAAGAAGUUGCACUGUGGACAUCGUUUCUGUAGUGAAUGUGUGAACACUUGGCUGAAAGACCACAAGUCCUGUCCUUAUUGUAAACAGACAAUUUAGGAAGGGGGGGUAAUUUUUAAGUGGUGUUUAUGAAGAAAGAAAAUAAGGAGUCACUUUGUUGUACUUUAUCGUAUAUGUAACUUCUUAGAACAUUCAAGGGAAAGAAUAACUACAUGUACUGCUUUGAGGGUAUCCCGGUAAAUUAGAAUAAUCUAGAAAGUGUACAGAAAGACAGUACUUUGUAUUUGUGUAUAAACACCAGGUCUAAUCUUUAAUUUGAAUGUGGAAAUGCUUUCAUCAGACAAACAGCUGCCUCUAUAUUCACAAUGUAAAGUGUGCAGUACUCUGAAGAUUGCUACAGGCAACUUGAGGCUAACGUACCGGUACACAUAUAUGUAAUCGUAAAACAGUGCUCUGGAUAAGUCAAGCCCACCCAUAAAAUCCCACAGACACCUCUAUGAUCAUAAUAAUUACAGUUGCAUGGUUAGGUGACCAUAGAAUUUCGUGUCUACAACUGUAUUAAAUUACUUCAGAGUCAAUAUGCCUCAUUUUCCAUAUCAUCGUCAACAGUUUGUGCAGGGACUUUUUAGAAGCCGAAUAAGGUGUGGCUGUGUCUAUACCUCGCACGUAUGUUCGGUCCCCAUAGACUGUGCAUGCAUUUAGUUUGUGUAUCUGCACAUGCGCAAUAGUGACAUAAUGGUCGUCGGCCUGAAAAAUGAUUAGACGACACGCAUCGGUGGUGACCCAUGUGAGGGAUUUGUACUGCGCUUUACCUUGAAGACCUUGUGUGUGAAUAAAUUGUCAAACCUCUAAAAUGUUGGCUUGCUGGAGGCACACCUGUACAUGACAAAAACGGGCCAAAAAUUGGCAGAAAAUGGAUUUUUAUAGUGUGCAAGUUGGCACUGAAAGGGACUUUGAGUGUUUAAAUUCUAAUAG